GGAAAAGCAAGAGGGAUAGAAGAACAACAAAGGAGAAUUCAGAGAAAGAGAUAGAACUCUGCUAAUUAUAAGGAUAUAUAUGCUGUGAUGCCCCCUCUAGGAAUUCAUGGAUACGCCUUGGCUGUUUCAUCUUAUUUUAUCAUCCUCAUAGCAGCCUCACAAACAGAUCCUUCAGAAGUAAAUGCAUUGAUAGACAUCAAGAAAGGUUUGAUUGAUCCCAUGGACAAUCUGAGGAACUGGAAUUCAGGUGACCCAUGUAUGGCAAAUUGGACUGGGGUUUGGUGUUUUGAUAGGGAGGAGCCUGAUGGUUACUUCCAUGUCCAAGAGCUCUACUUAAUGAAUAUGAAUCUCUCGGGAUUUUUAGCACCCCAGCUUGGUCAGCUAUCUCAGCUUAAGAUACUGUCUUUCAUGUGGAACAAUUUGAAAGGCACAAUACCGAAGGAAAUUGGAAAUAUUGCAUCAUUGGAACUCCUGUAUUCAAGUAGAGAAUUGAGGAUAACAAGGCCAAAAGGAGUGGAAAUCAAAAGAAUUAAGGAGCAGAGCAGGCAACCGCGCCGGGCGCCGUAUUAAUCUCGCCGGGCGGGCAUAAAAUAGAGUACUCUCAGCCUUUGGAAACCUCGCGCCGGGCGCAAUUUAGAAUUGCGCCGGGCGCAAUUCAAGGCCGCGAGCACAUUGAGCAUCAGGGGAAGCCCGCGCCGGGCGCUAAGUGUAACGCGCCGGGCGCAAUAACCCUAAUUUGUCUCCUCAGGCUGCAUAAAAGGAAAAUUUCGAGGGUUUUCUCCCUCAUUCGCCCAGGGGCGCCUCCAGGAGCUCUGCAAGAGGGAUUCUCAGGCUUCGGAAGCCUCCCACGGUGGAUCAUUCCUUCGGUUCUUCCUUUCCUCUUCCAUCUCUAUUUUAGUUUUCCCCUCUUUGUUUUGAGAGGUUCUAUCCAUUGUAUUGGGGUUUUGAUGUAACCAACAAACUCUAUUGUAAUC